UUUGCUUCACCGAUUAAUUAUUGAUUUUUGUGGAUCCAAUAAUGUCAACAAGCGCAGUUAGACAAAGGCCUACAAGUACAAGCAAGCAACCGUCGCAGAAGGAAGAAGCCACCACAGCAUCAGCAUCAGCUCCAUCGGCAUCGCGGUGGGCAGUGUCGCAAACUCUGACAAGCACAGCCAACUUGGCGAACCUACUGCCAACGGGAACCCUGCUGGCAUUCCAGCUGCUGACGCCACUCUUCACCAACAACGGCGUCUGCGACUCCGUCACUCGCCUCCUCACCCUACUCCUCCUCCUCCUGCUGGGCCUCUCCUGCUUCCUGGCCUGCUUCACUGACUCCGUUAAGGCCUCAGACGGAAAGGUGUACCACGGGCUCGCAACCCCUACGGGCCUGUGGGUGUUUGACUACCCUGAUGGGUCUGGAACGGGCCUGCCGAAGGACUUAAGGUCGUACAAGAUAAGGCCCAUUGACUGGGUGCAUUCAGUGUUGUCAGUGCUGGUUUUCUCCGCCGUGGCCUUGAGAGACAAAAACGUGGUGAGCUGCUUCUACCCUCGGCCCCAGCAUGAGACUCAGGAGGUUCUUGACAUUGUCCCCGUUGCCAUCGGCCUCCUCUGCAGCCUCCUCUUUGUGGUCUUCCCUACCACUCGCCAUGGCAUUGGCUACCCUCUUACCCCCUCAACCUCCUCCACCUCCUGAUGACUCCUCAUGUUCCCACCCCCAAUUGUAUUUCCUUUUUAAUUUCUUAUUAUUAUUAAUUAGUCGUUGAAUUAAACCAUUCAAGAGUUUAAUUUGUUUAUUA